CCUCAAUGUCCCGCUUGAUACCAUCAUGGAGCGGCUCACCCUGAGGAGGACUGACCCCGUCACGGGAGAAAGGUACCACCUCCUGUAUAAGCCACCGCCCACCAUGGAGGUCCAGGAGCGGCUCCUGCAGAGCCCACAGGAUGCCGAGGAGCGGAUCAAGUUCAAGCUGGACCUGUACUACAGGAACUCGGCCGAGCUGGAGGAGUUCUACCCGGGGGCCAUCACCCUCAACGGCGACCAGGACCCCUACACGGUCUUCGAGUACAUUGAGAGUGGUGUCAUCAACCCUCUGCCCAAGAAGGCUCACUGAGGGGCUCCG